AUGGACGGCUUCAAGCUUCCCGAAAUCCCAGCCUUGACCUUACAAGAAGGCGUCAAGAAGGACGAAGUCGACGCUGAAAAGAUUUCCAGUGAAUGGCUCUCCAAACUCGAAAAGCGGUUUGCGGAAAAGUCUUUCAGCAACAUCUCCGACUUGUUCAUCGACAACUGUUGGUGGAGAGACAUUGUCGGCCUCUCAUGGGAUUUCACCUGCAAACAAGGUCAAGACAACAUCAAAAAAUACCUCGCCUCAGCGAACCAUGGCCUCUCCGAGCUGCAGACGAACAAGCUUGGCGGGCUGAAGCCGUUGCUCCUUGACUUUGACGGCAUGGUCUGGAUCCAAACUGGCUUCACCUUCAAGACGCCGCAUGGCGAAGGAAAAGGGUUGCUCAAGCUGGGCAACACUGGCAAAGACGAGUGGAAAGCGUGGACUGUAUUUACGCAGUUGGAGAAACUUGACUUUCAAAAAGAAGUUGAGGAGCGACAUGCGACUUCAGUUCCGAUACCAAAGACGCCCGUUACCGAUGGUGUCAAUGGUGUCAAUGGUGUCAACGGAGUCAAUGGCACCAAUGGGCACGCACACUCAGAGUCUGAAGAGGAUCUGCAGGUUCUUAUUGUCGGCGCAGCCCAAGCCGGCCUAAUGCUCGGGGCGCGCCUCCAACACAUGGGCAUCAAAACCCGCCUCAUAGAACGCAGCGCACGCCUCGGCGACUCAUGGAGAGAACGAUACCAGAGCGUCACGCUGCAUACGCCGACCUACACCGAUCACUGGGCUUUCAUGAAGAUUCCCGAGACCUGGCCGCGAUUUUUGACGGGCGACAAGGUUGCCGAGUUCAUGGAGCAUUACGGCCAGCUGAUGGGGCUCGAUAUCGCCUUCAACACGGAGGUCACAAAGGCUACAUACGAUGAAAAGAAGAAGAGAUACUACGUCGAAGUUCGCACGUCAGAGGGAGUACGGACGUUGUCGGCGCGUCAUGUAGUCCUAGCCACGGGCGUGUACGGCGACCAGCCCAAGAUCCCGCAGUUCCCAGGGCAAGAGAGCUUCAAGGGGCAAAUUUACCACUCAAAGUACCACAAGACUGCCGCCGAGAUCCUUGAUGUAACGAACAAGAAGGUCGUGGUCGUCGGCUGCGCCACCAGCGGCCACGAUAUCUCAGCCGACUUUGUCACGCACGGGGCCAAGGAGGUGACGAUGGUGCAGCGACACCCAAUUUUCUCCAUCUCGCGUGAGUCAUGGGAGAACUUCAUGCUCUCGCUCUGGACGAUCCCAGGUCUCAGCACCGAGGAGGCGGACAUUGUGGGCAAUGCUAUCCCACUGGCACUGAUUCGGAGAAUGAGCAUCGGAUUGACGCAGGCGAUGGCCAAGAAUGACAAGACGGUACAUGACGGGCUCAAGAAGGCUGGGCUAGAGAUGAAGGAAGGAGAAGACGGGUAUGGGUUGGCGGACUACCAGCUCAUCAAGGGCGGGCAGUAUUACAUCGACCAGGGGGCGAACCAGAUGAUUAUUGACGGCAAGAUUCGGAUCCAGAGGUGCGAGGAGGGCAUCAAGGAAUUACAGACGGACGGUCUGGUAUUGGCGAAUGGCAAGAAGCUGGACGCGGAUGUGGUGGUGCUCGCGACGGGCUUCGAGCAGAACAUCACUACAGUCGAGAAACUGCUUGGACCGGAUGUCGUUCAGAGGCUGGAUGGGUUCGCGAACUUGGAUGCCGAGCAGGAACGCUCAGGAUGGUGGCGAGCCACCGGAGUGCCUGGUUUCUGGUACAUGACUGGCAGCUUCAUGAUGUGCCGACAGUUCUCCUUGCCGCUGGCGCUGCAAAUCGCAGCGGUUGAGAAGGGACUAAACACGUCAUACUACGACUAG